CCGGGAAUUUUGGACCCUCGCGCCUUUGCCUGGCUUGCUUUCGCAGCGGCCUGCGCUCGCGCUCCCCCCGGAAGUGCAGGACCGGACUUCCGGUGGGCUCCGGGCGUCCGCGCGAGGCGGCGGCGGCGGCGGCGGCGGCGGCUGCUGUGAGGAGGCGGUGGCGGCUCCCACCGUAACGUUCCCUGACGAAGCGCAUCUGCGAGGCGGAGGCGUCCACCAUGUUCUCCUUCAACAUGUUUGACCACCCGAUUCCCCGGGUCUUCCAGAACCGCUUCUCCACGCAGUACCGCUGCUUCUCCGUGUCCAUGCUCGCGGGGCCUAAUGACAGGUCAGAUGUGGAGAAAGGAGGGAAGAUAAUUAUGCCACCCUCAGCCCUCGACCAACUCAGCCGACUUAACAUCACCUACCCCAUGCUGUUCAAACUGACCAACAAGAACUCGGACCGCAUGACGCACUGUGGCGUGCUGGAGUUUGUGGCUGACGAGGGCAUCUGCUACCUCCCGCACUGGAUGAUGCAGAACCUGCUGCUGGAGGAGGGGGGCCUGGUUCAGGUAGAGAGCGUCAACCUGCAGGUAGCCACGUACUCCAAGUUCCAGCCCCAGAGCCCCGACUUCCUGGACAUCACCAACCCCAAGGCUGUGUUAGAAAACGCAUUGAGAAACUUUGCGUGUCUGACCACCGGGGAUGUGAUUGCCAUCAACUACAAUGAGAAGAUCUAUGAGCUGCGGGUGAUGGAGACUAAGCCUGACAGGGCUGUGUCCAUCAUCGAGUGUGACAUGAACGUGGACUUCGAUGCUCCACUGGGCUACAAGGAGCCGGAGAGACAAGCCCAGCAUGAGGAGGCAGCCGAAGGUGAAGCUGACCACAGCAGCUAUGCUGGGGAGCUGGGCUUCCGCGCCUUCUCCGGCUCCGGGAAUAGACUGGAUGGGAAGAAGAAGGGUGUAGAGCCCAGCCCCUCCCCAAUCAAGCCCGGAGACAUCAAGAGAGGAAUUCCCAACUAUGAAUUUAAACUUGGUAAGAUCACGUUCAUCAGAAAUUCACGUCCACUGGUCAAAAAGGUUGAAGAGGAUGACGCUGGAGGCAGAUUCGUCGCUUUCUCUGGAGAAGGACAGUCUCUGCGUAAAAAGGGAAGAAAGCCAUAGGUUGGGACCAUUGGCUGAUUGGAAAAUAAAAUAAUUGCAACAUGCUGGCUUUUAGUUACUGGCUCUGACAGGGACACUCUGUCACUUUAGGUCUGUUUAGAGUUACCUAAGAAUUACCAGGUUUCACCUGCAAGUGGACAGCAGGACAGCAGUUUGUGUGCGUGAUUUGGGGAAAGAGGAGGCCGUCUCUGAGAUCCCUUACUCACGCUCCUUGCUUUCAGCCCUCGGGGCAUGCCCACAGCCUCAGCUGGAGCAGAGUUCCCUGAUUCCUGCUAAAAACCAGUGAAGGGAUUGAAUUGCUCUAAGUUGUGGUGGUCUUUCUCUUUUUUUCAUUUAUCUUUUCUUUCUCCAGGUCAUAGCUUAGCUGUUGCCUUUGACCUGGAAAAAAGUGGUUUAAACAGAUAAGUGCUCUAUAAAUAGUGGUCAUCCCAUUACUCUGGCUGCAAUUUAAGUAUUUGAGGAAGGGUGUUUCCAUUUUUAUUUUACAUAUUGAUUUUUUCCCCCCAAGAAACCAUUCCUCAGAAGGAAAACUCGACCUGAAAGCAUUUCUAACUUUGAUUUCAUUUGGAAAUAACUGGCUCCUUAAUGAAUCUGUUCUACUGUAAAACAACUUUGUGGUGAAGCACAAAUGUGAUUAUUAGAAUAAAUGAAAGCUAAAGAUACGUUCUUUCUCCUUUCCUACCCCCCACUCCCAGUUUUAAUGUAUUAAAUUUUCCAAAGUUCUGCUGGCCUGUCUUUAUUUUUUUUACUAGUAUUAAUUUAGUUUCAGGUCUUCAAUUUCUAUAAUAUGAGCUCUUUCGACAUGUUAAUUCAAUUAUUUUCCUCUCUUUGAAAACAAUUCUAAAUCAAGAAUUUCAAAUAAAAACAGGCAGUGACUAAAACCUGAA